AUGGCUACGGAAACUCCCAAAGAAGAGCGAAUCGACCUCCAAGCUCCCCUUAGCGGAAAUGAAAAGACAACGUCUUCCUCGAAUACUCCCACAUUACACGAGCCAGCCCAGGAAGAAAUUCAAGCGAAACCAGAAGUCGAACUCUCACCAGAGCAAGAGGAAGGGGAACCCCAGUGGUUGAAAGGAUGGGAACUCGCAAGCAUGAUGACCUCUCUUACACUUGCUGCCUUCUUGAUGCUGCUUGACAUGUCAAUCAUCAGCACGGCUAUUCCUCGCAUCACAUCGGACUUUCACUCUUUACAUGACAUAGGAUGGUAUGCUAGCGCAUACAAUCUUGCGAGUGCUGCCCUCCAACCACUUACAGGCAAAUUAUACAUGUACUUUAACACUCGGUGGAUCUUCUUGAGCCUGUUCUUUGUCUUUGAGCUCGGCAAUUUGAUUUGCGGUGUUGCCCAAUCGUCCACUAUGCUCAUUAUUGGUCGCGCGAUCUCGGGCAUUGGCUCAUCUGGCAUUCAGAAUGGCGCGCUCACGAUCAUCGCAUCGGCAGUGCCUAUACAUAAGCGCCCAUCUCUAGUAGGAAUUCUUAUGGGGUUUGCCCAGUUGGGAAUUGUUAGCGGUCCCUUGGUAGGAGGCGCUUUCACCCAAUAUACUACUUGGCGAUGGUGCUUCUAUAUCAACCUCCCAAUUGGCGCCAUCUGUACGGUUUUGAUCCUUAUCGUUCAUAUUCCCAACCACCGUGCUCCCACAGAUGAAACUGUCAUGCAUCUUCUGAAAACAAAGUUCGAUUUCACAGGCCUAGUCAUGUUCAGCCCAAGUGUAGUCAUGCUACUGCUGGCACUCCAGUGGGGCGGUGUCGAUUAUGCUUGGGACUCUGCGACAAUUAUCGGCCUCUUUUGCGGUGGUGGUGUUCUAUUCGCGAUAUUCAUAGUCUGGGAGCAUCGUGUUGGUACGGAUGCAAUGAUCCCAAUGCCCAUCGUGCGCACAAGACAAGUCUGGGCUUCGUGCUUAACCCAGCUAUUCUUGUUUGCGACAGUUAUGGUGGCGUCUUUCUACCUGCCUGUCUAUUUCCAGUCGGCUAAAGAUGCGUCACCAUUUAAAAGUGGUGUCAACUUGCUCCCUAGCAUUCUCAUGUUGAUUGUGGCGGCUGUUUUAAGUGGUAUUCUAGUUCAGAGAAUCGGUUAUUACAUACCUUUCGCGGCUUCCAGUGCGAUAAUCUCAGCUAUAGGAUUCGGUCUCGCAUCAACCAUGGGUCCUUAUACUUCAACCGCCAAAUGGGCAGGCUACCAGAUCUUGAUAGGUUUUGGACGUGGACUCGGCAUUCAGAUGCCCAUUAUCGCUGUCCAGGCCAACACAAAGCCUGAAGUGACACCCAUUGCCAUGUCAAUUUUGACGUUUUCCCAAACCUUUGGGGGCGCCAUUUUCGUAACUGCCGGCAAUGUUAUCUUCACCCAUGAGCUCCGCGAAGAACUUAUCAAAAGACUUCCCAGCCUUGAUCCUGAUAUGAUCAUCGACGCUGGUGCUGGUGCUGUAAGCGAGGUUGUUUCUAAGGAAAAUCUACCCGGUGUUUUAUGGUCAUACUCCAAAGGCACACGCGCAACAUUCUUACUUUGUGUAGCUUCAGCAUGUGUUAUGCUUGUUACAUCUUUUGGUAUGGGUUGGAAAGACAUCAGAAAGAAGCCUGCAGUCAAUGCUGGUGAGGCUUGA